AGUUUCUGGUCUGUUCUGCCUCGCGGCUGCCGCCCCAUUGUACACGGUCACGCUGAGCCAGCGCCUUGGCCUGGUGUUUGGCUCCAGCCUCCUCAGCCGCGUUCCCUUCCUCUCGCCGCUUCCCAGCCAUGGAUCCCCGCAAAGUGAGCGAGCUCCGGGCCUUCGUGAAAAUGUGUAAGCAGGAUCCGACCGUUCUGCACACCGAGGAGAUGCGCUUCCUGAGAGAGUGGGUGGAGAGCAUGGGGGGUAAAGUACCACCAGCUACUCAGAAAGCUAAAUCUGAAGAGCAUAUCAAGGAAGAAAAAACAGAUAGUAAGAAGGCGGAGGAAAACAUAAAGACAGAGGAACCAUCAAGUGAGGAAAGUGAUCUAGAAAUUGACAAUGAAGGUGUGAUUGAACCAGACACUGAUGCCCCUCAAGAAAUGGGAGAUGAAAAUGUAGAGAUAACUGAGGAGAUGAUGGAUCAGGCAAAUGAUAAGAAAGUAGCUGCCAUUGAAGCCCUAAAUGAUGGUGAACUACAGAAAGCCAUUGACUUGUUUACAGAGGCCAUCAAGCUGAACCCACGCUUGGCUAUUUUAUAUGCCAAGAGAGCCAGUGUCUUCGUCAAAUUACAGAAGCCAAAUGCUGCCAUUCGAGACUGUAACAGAGCCAUUGAAAUAAAUCCUGAUUCAGCUCAACCUUACAAGUGGCGAGGAAAAGCUCACAGACUUCUGGGCCAUUGGGAAGAAGCAGCACAUGAUCUUGCCCUUGCUUGUAAACUGGAUUAUGAUGAAGAUGCUAGUGCCAUGUUGAAAGAAGUUCAACCAAGGGCCCAGAAAAUUGCAGAGCAUCGGAGAAAGUAUGAGCGAAAACGUGAAGAGCGAGAGAUCAAAGAAAGAAUAGAAAGAGUUAAGAAGGCUCGAGAAGAGCAUGAGAGAGCCCAGAGGGAGGAAGAAGCCAGACGACAAUCAGGAGCUCAGUAUGGCUCUUUUCCAGGUGGCUUUCCUGGGGGAAUGCCUGGUAAUUUUCCUGGAGGAAUGCCUGGAAUGGGAGGGGGUAUGCCUGGAAUGGCAGGAAAGCCCAAUGAAAUUCUUAGUGAUCCAGAGGUUCUUGCAGCCAUGCAGGAUCCUGAAGUUAUGGUGGCCUUCCAGGAUGUGGCCCAGAACCCAGCAAAUAUGUCAAAAUAUCAGAGCAACCCAAAGGUUAUGAAUCUCAUCAGUAAAUUGUCAGCCAAGUUUGGAGGUCAAGCAUAAUGUCCUUCUGACAAAGUAAAGCCCUUGCUGAAGGAUAAGCAACCUAGGUCACCUAAUGGAUGUUGCAAUAAUACAAACCAGUGUGCCUCUGACCUUCUCAUCAAGAAAGCUGGGGUGCUUCAAAGAUAAUCCCUACCCCUCUGCCCUAAAUGCAGCUGAAGCAUUUUACAGUGGUUUGCCAUUAGGGUAUUCAUUCAGAUAAUGUUUUCCCAGUAGGAAUUACAAACUUUAAACACUUUUUAAACCUUAAAAAUAUUUAAAACAAAUUAAAAGGGUGUGUUAAUUCCUACAUUUUUUCUUUACUAAUCAUUUUGGGGCUUUUCUCUGAAUUAUUGGGCAAGGAAGAUACUUAAAUAUGGAAGAUUUAUCACUCUAGUUUGAGUUAAAUAAAAAUGUAUUAGUAGGAGGCAAAUGUAACUCAUAAAUAGAUAAAGUUUGAUUUGAAUAUAUGGUUACCGAGGCAUUUUGAUUUAUCUUUUUAAAUGCUUUAUUUAAAAAAAAAAAAAGAUUUAUUUCAGCAAAACUACAGGGACCAUCAGUAUUUCAAUAGGCCCUGGUUGGGGACUGGCAGUACUUGGCAGGGUGGCAAACAUCUGUGUGUUGUGUAACAUGGACCUUGUACAGGCUGCCUUCAGGCUUACGCUGUGGUGAAGAGAGGAAUUUGUGUAAUGCUGCAGUAGAGCUGAAUUACUCUUAGCUCUCUUUUUGUCCAAUAUAUCAAAUAAAUGUUUCAUAUUAUUUCCAUACAGGGCAAAUAAGGGAGUAUUUUUCUUUUCACAUUUUUAUGUUUAAAAUUAACUUUCCUGGUCAAAAAUUCCCUCCAACUUUGUGUGCUUUCUUCUCAUCACAUUUUUCCUCCUUAAUCUUCUUGGACUCAAGAUAGUCUCUUUUCACUAACAUCAUCACUGUUAUGAUUCACAGCAUAAUUCUGCAAGCAUGUUUAAUAUUUAAUAUGGGUCAUGGCUAUAGGAUAAUAUCCAUAACAGCUAUAAUUUUUUAUGUGGCCAUGAGGUUGCUUUUCUAAGUAUUCAAUACCUUUUAAAAAAAUUAUCUGAUUAUUUUUUGUUGUGAUUUUUCAAACCAUUGGGUCCAGGACCUGAAUCACCACUAGCUGUGUGGGAAUCCAACACUAACCAUGCCACCUGCUAGCCCAAGUAUUGAGCUUCUACUCCGGUGAAAUUUUGUCCUAUCAAAAGAUAUCGAAAGGGGGGAUUCCCUUUGGCCUUAUGUCCUCCGUUUAGGACAUACCUGUUGCAGUUAACUUGUCAUAUUCAACUUUGUAUUUGAAGAGUAAAAGAUUUGAAUUAAUUGACACAUAGAGGGGAAUCUUAACUUCUUGAUUCAGCAUGACUUUUAAAGUAGAUGAGAUCUGUGGUUACUCAUUGUAGAAUUGUUGGCACUGUGAAAAAAAUCAUUGUCAUGUUGAGCUCUUCUUUAAUUUCUGCAACCAUACCACCACAACUGCUUUCUCUCCCUCCCUGGAUUAAAAAGAAAGAUAAAUUUUCUGCUGUG